AUGGCUGAGCCGAGAUCUAGUUCAAAGCGCUUGCGUACGCGAAGAGCCUGCAUUCCUUGCUCCAGCCGAAAGAGAAAAUGCAACGGGGCUUAUCCGUGUGACACUUGCAAUGGAUAUGGCUAUCUCUGUAGUUAUCGCCAAAGCCGCCAGGAGCAAUAUGCCCGACAGGCUAAUAGGGCCAAGAGCUCUCUCGAGGCUAAGGCGUCGAUGACAGACCUUAUACAAGGUUGCAGACAGAGUAACAGCAAUACUGGCAACAAUAAUGUCACAUUCGUUGAGCCACCAGCCCGAUACAUCGGGAGACACUCUCUCGAAGCCUUCCCUCGAUAUCUUGGACUGCAGCUACAGUCUGAUAUUUUACCGCAGAUGCAGCCCUAUGUGUGGAAUCUCCAUGCCAGAGAACAAUCGCCAUGCCGCGUGGGGGAUACAAUAUGCUCAAUGGUGACUUUGGCAAGGGCAAAAAAUUAUCUUCAGUCUUUCUUCGCUGCGAAAUUUCCGAUCUGCGGAUGCAUGGACUUUGAAUCCUUGAUAGAUCGCACGGAGAAUCAUUUUAUGGGUAAUUCCCAAGGACUUUCGUUUGAAGCCCUGGUCGGUGGUAUCAUUGGAAUGUCAUCUAUCCUCACAAUUUCAAGUAAUUCCCAGUCCGAGAGCCAAAUUGUCCGACACGCCGAAGCCAUUUUGUCAGAUCAGGCUACCCUUAGUGAACCGAAUGUUGACCUUCUGGCUGCUUUGUUUCUUCGCGCUUUAUAUCUUCGGGCCACAGCAACACCACAUAUCACUUGGUUUGCCAGCUGCACUACCAUGCACAUGGCGGAGUCACUCGGCCUGCAUAAAGAAAUCGGAUUCGACCAGCAUAGUGGAAUGUGGAAUGCCGAAUCCUGCAGCUAUUUAUUUUGGGUGGUCUGUGCUGGAAACAGACUGAUAUCUCAUGAAAUGGGACGCACUCCCGUCAUUCUGCUUGGAGUGACUAGACAAUUCCCAUUUGCACCCACAGACAAGAGCAAUGCCGCAAUGCUAGCGCAUCUAGGCUGUAAACUGCCGCUAACGGAUGGAACAGUCGGCUCUGAGAGUGACUUGAAUCACCUGACAGAUCUAUUGGAUGCUGCGAGAACCGACACCACAGGGGAACAUCCAUAUCUAACUUUGCUCAAGGCAGAUGUAUGUUUCUGCCUAUAUCGGCGUAUUCGGGUCAACAGCGAACUCAAUCUUAUCUCACGGAGCCAGACUCAACAGAUCGUCUCCAUUGGAAAAGCCGCCGUACAAGCAGCUACCGUUCUCGCUCAAAAGGGUCAAGCAUGGUGGAAUAUGCUAAAUACACUAUUCCAGUGGUGCUGUGUUUUGAUUUCGCUCGACUCGAUUGACGCACUCAGUGAUUUGCACUUUACUCUCCAGACUAUUAAUUUGAUCAAGGAUCGUUAUCCCAGCAAAACGAUUAGGGAGGCAUUGUUAGUGCUCCAGCUUUUGAUACGUGCCAUGAAGCAGAAAAAAGAAAAAGAGGUGACAUAUCUUACAAUUCUUGAAUAUUUGGAACCCGCUGUACCUUCAGUGCCAGUCACAAUGGCUGACCUGACUACUUCGCAAUCCAGCACUGACUUUACGUUUGAUUUGAGAGCGUGGGGUCCUGAAGAUCUGGACUGGGUACUUUCCGAAGCACCACUAGUUCACUAAUAAGCUCGUAUCAUUUGAAUGCAAAAUGACUCUUUGGACUGUUCCCCUCAGAGGUAAUCGCUUCAUGAGUUGGAAAUAAUUACUGUAUGUGUUUCUGUGUAUUCUUACAAUUGCAUCAUAUUAUGUAAGAAAACAAUGCAUAUUAUAUUAUUUGAAAAUCGAUC